AUGGCUGCCGCGGUGGCGAUGCGAGGGGGAAGCAGUGACAGCGGAGGAUUUGAUAAGGUUCCCGGGAUGGACUCGGGGAAAUACGUGCGCUACACCCCGGAGCAAGUUGAGGUGCUCGAGCGGCUCUACAUAGAUUGCCCCAAGCCAAGCUCCUCACGGCGGCAGCAACUGCUGCGCGAGUGUCCUAUACUCUCCAACAUUGAGCCAAAGCAGAUCAAGGUCUGGUUCCAGAACCGAAGGUGCCGCGAUAAGCAGCGGAAGGAGUCAUCGCGGCUUCAAGCUGUGAACAGAAAGCUGACGGCAAUGAACAAGCUUCUUAUGGAAGAGAAUGAGCGUCUUCAGAAGCAAGUUUCUCAGUUGGUUCAUGAAAAUGCACACAUGCGGCAGCAGCUGCAGAAUACUUCAUUGGCCAAUGAUACAAGCUGUGAAUCAAAUGUCACUACCCCUCCAAACCCAAUAAGGGAUGCAAGUAACCCUUCUGGACUCCUUGCGAUUGCAGAGGAGACCUUCACAGAGUUCCUCUCAAAGGCUACUGGGACAGCUAUUGAUUGGGUCCAGAUGCCUGGGAUGAAGCCUGGUCCGGAUUCGGUUGGUAUCGUGGCCAUUUCGCAUGGUUGCCGUGGCGUUGCUGCCCGCGCCUGUGGUUUGGUGAAUCUAGAACCAACAAAAGUCAUAGAGAUCUUGAAAGAUCGUCCCUCUUGGUUCCGUGAUUGUCGAAGUCUUGAAGUGUUUACAAUGUUUCCAGCUGGAAAUGGGGGAACAGUUGAACUUAUCUACAUGCAGAUGUAUGCCCCAACAACUUUAGUCCCUGCACGUGAUUUUUGGACGUUACGAUACACGACAACAAUGGAAGAUGGUAGCCUUGUGGUCUGUGAGAGAUCCUUGAGUGGUUCUGGAGGCGGUCCAAAUACAGCCUCUGCACAGCAAUUUGUUAGGGCUGAGAUGCUUCCAAGUGGGUAUUUAGUUCGCCCAUGCGAAGGUGGAGGUUCGAUUGUGCAUAUAGUGGACCAUCUAGAUCUCGAGGCAUGGAGUGUUCCUGAAGUGCUUCGACCGCUGUAUGAGUCUUCUAGAGUAGUUGCUCAGAAAAUGACUACUGUGGCACUGCGCCACCUUAGACAAAUUGCUCAAGAAACAAGUGGAGAAGUAGUGUACGCCUUGGGAAGGCAACCUGCAGUCCUACGGACCUUUAGUCAAAGACUAAGCAGGGGGUUUAAUGAUGCCAUUAGCGGUUUCAAUGAUGGUGGCUGGUCUGUAAUGGGGGGAGAUGGCAUUGAAGACGUUGUUGUUGCUUGCAACUCAACCAAGAAAAUUAGGAAUAACAGCAAUUCUGGGAUUACAUUUGGAGCCCCUGGAGGCAUUAUUUGUGCGAAGGCAUCCAUGUUACUGCAGAGCGUCCCACCGGCAGUACUGGUCCGAUUUUUGAGGGAGCAUAGAUCUGAAUGGGCCGAUUACAAUAUUGAUGCAUUUUUGGCUUCAUCACUGAAGACCAGUGUGUGCUCACUUCCUGGGUUGCGACCCAUGAGAAUUUCUGGGGGGCAGAUGAUCAUGCCACUUGCUCACACAGUGGAGAACGAGGAGAUUCUUGAAGUUGUCCGCCUUGAAGGGCAGCCUCUUACUCAUGAUGAAGCUCUUCUUUCAAGGGACAUCCACCUUCUCCAGCUUUGCUCUGGAAUAGAUGAGAAAUCUGUGGGUUCCUCCUUCCAGCUUGUGUUUGCACCAAUUGAUGAGCAUUUUCCGGAUGAUGCUCCAUUGAUUUCUUCUGGCUUUCGUGUCAUACCACUUGAUAUGAAAACAGAUGGUGUAUCCUCUGGUAGGACGCUAGAUUUGGCAUCUAGUCUUGAUGUGCGUUCUGCUGCACCCCAAGCCUCAGGGGAUGCAUCUCCAGAUGACUGUAAUUUGAGAUCUGUGCUGACAAUCGCCUUUCAAUUCCCUUAUGAGAUGCACCUUCAGGACAGCGUUGCAAUUAUGGCCCGUCAAUAUGUUCGCAGUGUUGUUUCUGCUGUGCAAAGAGUGUCAAUGGCUAUAUCUCCCUCCCAAUCUGGUCUAAGUGCUGGGCAGAGGAUGCUUUCUGGCUUCCCUGAAGCUGCCACACUUGCUAGAUGGGUUUGCCAGAGUUAUCACUACCAUCUAGGUGUGGAAUUACUUAAUCAAUCAGAUGAAGCUGGUGAAGCAUUGUUGAAAAUGCUCUGGCAUCAUCCAGACGCUGUUCUGUGCUGCUCUUUUAAGGAGAAACCUAUGUUUACGUUUGCAAACAAGGCAGGGCUUGACAUGUUAGAAACAUCUCUUAUUGCCCUGCAAGACCUGACGCUAGACAAGAUCUUCGACGAGUCAGGAAGGAACGCAAUAUUCUCAGAUAUCUCAAAACUAAUGGAACAGGGCUACGCGUACCUGCCGUCGGGCGUGUGCAUGUCAGGAAUGGGUCGCCAUGUUUCUUUCGACCAAGCUGUAGCGUGGAAGGUGCUCGGCGAGGACAGCAACGUCCACUGCCUGGCGUUCUGCUUUGUCAACUGGUCCUUCGUGUGA